AUGAAAGCAAUAACGUUGCAAUUUCCUUUCAAAGACAAUGAAGGAAGGCACGACCAAAGAGGAUUAGAAAAGAAAACUUCCCCUUCGCUGAAACGGAGUCUUUUCGGCACGAGAUGGAAUGUCGCAAGAGUUUAUGAUGAAAAAGUUCUUGAUAAUCUAGAAUUAUUUAUGAAGGCUCUAAUGGAUUGA